AUGAAUCUUUAUUCAUUAUACUUAUUUACAAUACUAUUUACAACAAUAUGUAUGCUAAGCAAUUCACAAAAAUUACCCGGAUUACGAGAUAUCACUACGAUUGCUAAAAUAUUUUACCCGCAACAUACAUCGCAUUUUUUACCCAAAUUACCAUUUGUUACAAUUCCCAAAAGAACGAAACUUUAUGGCUUACCACCGUUACCCAAUCAUUCCACUGAUAUGGAAGAAGAAAUUACAACCGAAUCACCAAUUGCACCAAAUCGUACCACAAUUGCACCUCUGUUAAGGUUAUUCACCUUACCAUUGAUUAAAUUACCACCACCACCAAAUAUUGAUACCUAUGGUAUCAAUACAAUACCGGAAUUACCACCACAACAUGAAUCAAUCUAUGAAGGAAUGUUUGCACCGGAUGGUAGUCUAAUCAAGAAGAAUGCAACAAUAAAAGAAAUUAAAAAAACAAAAUUUCAAACUGAAACAAAUCAAAUUUAUGAAGAAGAUCGAUUAAAUCGAAAUGAUGGAAAUUCACGUGAAACACGUGGAACACGUAUACGUGCUGCUGAUGGUCCAAUUAUUUAUGAUGAUUAUGAUUUUUAUCCUGAUGAGAAACAAACAAACAUUCACGAAGAAAAUAUAAUUGCAACUAAUUUCCUACGUAAACAAAAUAAAAACAAUGCCAAAUUAUUAUCAACUGAAUCUAUUAAUUAUAAUAAAAUAAUAACCUCAUCAGAAUUAGAAAUACCUUCAUUUAAUGAUACAACAACAACAACAACAACAAUUACUAAUACCAAAGAAACAAUAGAAUUGAAUCCAAAUGUAAAAUCAUCAACACUCACUCGAUUGCAAGUUUUAAUUUCUGGUGAAAAUGAUAGAUUUGCAAAAAAAAAUUUCAAUUUUGUAUCUGAUGCAUACAGAGAAAAACCGCACAGAAUUUUUCCACGAUCAGAUCAUUCACCGGUACAGGUGAUUCCGGUACGAGUAACGGAGCAUAAAUCUGAUAAUGAAAGUGCUCUCCAGUUAUCAGAAUGGCAACAAUAUGAAAAUGGAAGUUUAGAUCGAACUACAAUUAAGCCAAAUAUUCGUGUCAUCCUUCGUGAUGGUCAAAUUGACCGCAAUAAAAUUGUCACAUCAACUGUCAUCAAAUCUAAAUCAGUACCAUAUGCUAAUUCAUUGCCAAAGAAAAGAGAUGAAUUUGAAUUACAGCAAUAUGAUACUGAAAUGAAUUAUCCUAAAUUAUCACAAAAAUUAAUAUCAAAGAAUUCAAUUCCUGAAAAAUUUCACGAAAAGCAGCAACAACAGCGACAACAACAACAACAACAACAACAACAACAACAACAACAACAACAACAACAACAACAACAACAACAACAACAAUUUGAGCAACCGACUUUCUUAAAUAGUCCAAAUGCGCAUGCACAACCCGCGGUGCAAAAUAUUUUGGUAACCCCGGCAAAACAAUAUUAUAAACAAAAUGAUCAACCUGAACGACAAUCUCUCCAAUAUCAAUUUGAUCAACAAUCUUCCCAAUAUUUACCCAAAGUUCAGCAACAAUCACUCCGAUAUCGACCUCAACAGCAUCAACAACCUACCCUAUAUCAACCUCAGCCUCAGCAACCUACCCAAUAUCAACCUCAGCAACCUACCCAAUAUCAACCUCAGCAACCCAACCAAUAUCAGCCUCAACAACCCGUCCAAUAUCAGCUUCAACAACAACCUAUCCAAUAUCAGCUUCAACAGCAACCCGUCCAAUAUCAGCUUCAACAGCAACCCGUCCAAUAUCAGCUUCAACAACAACCUAUCCAAUAUCAGCUUCAACAGCAACCCGUCCAAUAUCAACUUCAGCAACAAUCUCCUCAGUAUCAACCUCAACAACCGUAUCCGGUGCGUGAUCCUGAAGAUGAAGCAUAUCUUCGAGAAGUGGAAGAAUACGAUCAUUUUUGGGAAAAUGAACAUGCUCGAACUGCAUCAUAUUAUCAAUCACAGGCAAAAGUAACAAUAUCACCAAAUUAUCAACCUAUUCAAUUGCAACAACAACAACAACAACAACAACAACAGCCACAACAUCCACUGAUACAAUAUCAACAAACUGUCCCUUAUCAUUCUGCUCGUGCACCAACGCCAUUUAUUACUAGAAAUUCUGAACAAUCAAUGUAUCAACCAGUACAACAACAACAACAACAGCAACAACAACAACAACAACAACAACAACAGUGGCAACAACAACUUUUAAAACCGCUCAAUUCAGGUAUUCAAUCAGAAACCUCAAAUUCAAUAAAAUCAUCGAAUCCGCUUCUUAUCGAUCUUGAUACAUUAUCGAAAAAUUUAUUUGGUAGCCUUUUUAACAACCAAAGGAAUUGA